AUGACUGAUUUGGGCUGCAAGAAACACAGUGAUUGCACCAUCUCCAGGCUGCUCAAUGUGGUGGAAAAUGAACUCCUGGCUGGCAGAGACAAAGGGGACCCUACUGAGAAACAACUCCAGGUUAUCUUGGAAGAUUCUGCUCUGUGGCAGAGGUUCAGAGAAGUUACAAAUGAGAUGAUUGUCACCAAGAAUGGCAGGCGGAUGUUUCCAGUUUUAAAGAUCAGUGUUUCAGGGUUGGAUCCAAAUGCUAUGUAUUCUUUUCUGCUGGAUUUUGCUCCAACUGAUAGCCACCGCUGGAAGUACGUGAAUGGAGAAUGGGUUCCUGCUGGAAAGCCAGAGCCAUCCAACCACAGCUGUGUCUAUAUCCAUCCGGACUCACCCAACUUUGGAGCACACUGGAUGAAGGCCACAGUAUCUUUUAGCAAAGUGAAACUUACCAAUAAGCUAAAUGGCAAUGGGCAGAUUAUGUUGAAUUCCCUACAUAAAUAUGAGCCUCAAGUUCAUAUUGUCCGGGUAGGAGGCCCACAUAGGAUGGUAAUGAAUUGUUCUUUUCCUGAAACUCAGUUUAUUGCUGUGACUGCCUAUCAGAAUGAAGAGAUAACAGCUCUCAAAAUCAAAUACAACCCUUUUGCCAAAGCAUUUCUGGAUGCAAAAGAAAGAAAUCACUCCAAGGAUGCUCCAGAUAUUGUCUCUGAAAGUCAACACAUGACAUAUUCUCACUUGGGUGGUUGGUUGAUUUCCAAUCCUGAUGCUGUCUGUGCAGCAGGAUCUUCCAAUUAUCCAUAUACCGGGAGUUUUUCUCUGCUGAAGGGGAUUGGAGAUGGCUUGGGGUUUCAUGGUCACCAUGACAAUCAUGUGAAUCUGACAGAAAAUGCCAACAGUGAUUUCCAGGUGUCCCCAGGCCAUGAAGGUUGGCCUACAGGACCCUCCAGUCACCACAACAACCUGGUCCCAGUGCCACACAAUAGUGGUACUACUGCUCCAGGGCCCAGUCACUAUCCUUGCCUCUGGACUGUCAGUAACAAUGCUGUCAAUGUUGCUAACCUGGCAAGUGAUAUAAGCAGCAGUUCCCCAUUUCUGCGAAGCAGCAUUGCGUUGCCUGCCACAUCCUCAUCUGGUUUAUCAGGCACAGUUGCCAGCAACAUGGACACCCAGUUGGAACCUGCUUUCUCCAGAUUAACUGAUUCAACUUGGACACCUGCCACCUCUCGUUCUUUCUAG